GACCGAACACAUGUCAAUGUUCUACUAGAACUGAGUGAGGAAGAGUUCAUGAAAGACCUGCAUCCCCCCGAGUAUCAGUGUAACCAGGGCUGGGAGGAGGCUGUGUGUGGUUGGGCAAGAGUCGCUCCACUCGCCCUCCUUCUUCUGGCUGAGAAGACAGACUACAAAUCAAAGCACAAGGACGCAGAGAAUGAUUCUUUCACAUCUGUAGAAACAGAUAAUUUAGCUGAACAACCCAGUGAGACACAACGGAGGCCUCCAACUAGAGUAAGGACCAGGAUAUCAAGCCAGAACACUUGGUCAUGUACCAGGCAUAAUGCACCAAACCCAACAUCUGAAAGUCUAGAAAUACCUUUUGUAGAUGGUAUUUCCAAACAAAUGGCACAGCUCACCUUGGCAGAUCAGACAAGGGACAGCAGGACUCCUUUUCAACACCACCAAGUGAUGGCCGAUAGCAGAUCACCAAAGCCUCGGAAAAACAGCCUGAAGACAAACAAUGCAUUAGUUCCUAUCAAAAAUUUUACCUUUCUGCCACCCAUCAUUAUGCCACAAAAUCAACAAAACUUCAAAAAACACCAACAAGGUGAAUCAGGAUUGGAAAACUUUUUCCUUAUUGAUAAGAUAAGCAGGAUUCGAGGAUCAAAGGGUGACCUGUUUUAUACUACUGAAUUUCCCAAGGACGCCUACAAUGAGAACAUUUCAUCCAAGUACAGGACAUGCCAACAUAACCCCCACUAUUACUCUGCUGUGAGUGUGUCAGUCCCUAAGAGGUAUCAUAUGACUGUGUCCUCCAAACCUGAAACACUGCACCCAGCUGGGUACUCAGUGAGCAAGACUCUUCACUCCAGCACUGCAGCAAACAGGCAGGUCCCAAUGCAUCCCAGCUGCUUAUACUCUUAGACUUAUAUCUAAGACAGCAAUAAAUGGUUGAAA